AUGGACUUUCAAACAUAUGCCCUAAGUAAUGGGCCUUUUGUUUUUUUUAACAUCGUGACUGCUGCAUUUUACACGUUUUGUAUGGUCUUUCCACUUCCCGGAGAACAGAUCAAGCAACCUCUGAAGCUUCUCCUGGGGUGCUUGGUUUGCUGUACAAUAACUUACAAGGUGUCAGUUAUUGUGGUGGACUUUUCUAACAUCGUCAACCCUUACUAUUUAUUCUAUGUGGUGAUGGUCUGCAGUAUGUACACUAGUAUGACCUCCUCUGUCUGGCUGAACUUCUUCUACUGCUGCCAGAUUGUACCUGCAAAGAGAGCUUUCUUCAUCUGGAUUAAGAAGAAUGUCAAAUCCAUCAUCUACUGCAUUUGGUUUACUGAGAGAAUUUACAGUUUGUUUGACUUUACUACCAUCUUUUUAUUAACUAUUGAUCAUCAUGGAUUUGGAUCCAGCAACCUUUCCACAGAGGUUCAUCACAUGACUGAAAAAAUCUUUUUUGAAUAUUUUCGUCAAAAUAUGUUCCUCAUUGUUUUUAUUAUACUGAAGGCCCACUUUGUUUUCUGUCUGUGUGUUAUGUUGAUCUCCAGUGGUUCUACUAUACUCUACCUGUGUGGACACAUGCGUCGUAUGGUAGCAAAUGGACAAAGUCUGUCCUGUCCACAGAUAAGGAAUCAGUUGAGGGUCACUGUCACUGGCAUCCUACAGGGAGUUCUGUAUGCGUUCUGUGCUUUUUGGACUAUCUGCAGUUCUAUUCCUGGGGGCAAGUUCAUAAAGAUCGGUUAUACAUAUACCGAUUCCACUGUCAUCAACUUGUACAUGUCGGGCACUUUGUUCAACCUGGGAGCUGGUCAGGCUGUAUUCAGGCAGAGAGCAGCACACAUCUGGCUUAGAGCAGCUCAGUGGUGCAAAGCACCUCAAGUACAACAGUCUGAAGAAGAAGAUGGUACUGAAGCUCAAACCAGAAGACCAGGGCUCUGCUGA